AUGGGCGACGAAGAAGUUUCGAAGAAGAUGGAGUCCCUGUCUGUCAGUGAAGGCGAGAAGACGUGGGAUCCGAUGGCCUUUCCCGAAGACCGCAUCGCGCACUGGAGGAAAUGCUUUGAUGGGCACCCUGACGUCAAGGAGCUGGAUGGUAAGAAGGUCUUGGCACCGAAGCUCGUUUACCAACUCAUGUUCACCGAGGACGAGCGGAAGGAGUACGGCUUCAAGGAUUUCGAGUCGGAUCUCAAGGCGACGGUGGAGGAGCUUGGUGACACGAUGAGCUGGCAAGAUCUGGAGAAGUACAUCCAGGAAAACGCCUAA